AUGGAGCUCUAUGACUAUUUCUCGAAACUAACACCGUUUAACUUCGAAGCAUUUCGCUUACAUCAGGUAUUCCUAGUCGUGUGCAUAAUCUAUAUUUCAGUGGUACUGAUUAAAUGGUCGACUAAGAGAAAGCGGUGGAUUCGUGCCUUGGAUCAGUUUCCUGGGCCUCCUGGUCACUGGCUUCUCGGACACGUUACAGAGUUCAAGGAAGACGGAACAGAUUUAGAGAAGUUUCUCAAAUGGGGAGAACAAUAUCCAUUUGCAUUCUCAAUACAGUUUAGCCCAGAUAGUUUAUUUCUGCUUGUCCAUCAUCCAUCCUAUGUCAAGCCCAUACUGGCAACACUAGAUCCAAAGGAUGAUUUUGUGUAUAGAUUUCUCCUCCCUUGGAUAGGUAAUGUUGUACCAGAACAGGCCCGGCUCCACGGGGGGCCAGAGUGGGCCUGGCCCACCCAAUCAGAGGCUUGGCCCACCCUGGCCCCACACCACAUAACAGCCAAUCACAAAAUUGGUGCGAUAUUCAAUUCAGCACGAGAUACGUUAUUUUCUAAUUUCUGCCCAACCCUCUUUUUUCCCCUCCUAGACAGACAGACAGACUUAGCUCAUUCAUUCACAUUCACGCAACCUUUGAGGUAAACGGACGUGCUUAUAAAGCAAUAAACGACAGUCACAGUAACUUUAUUAGAACUGUUAGUGAACUUGAUUAACACACUAUAUAUAGCCUAAUAAAAUACAACAUGUACAGAUUUCUUGUUCCAAAAGGACAAAAGAAAACCACUUUAGCUCUCCAGGACACAGCUACUGUACCACCUCCUCAUCCAUUUGCGGCAAUGAGGUCGGAGAAAUGGAUGAGUCGAGUUCAUCUGCAGCUUCCGAUGGAUCUGCAGCUUCAUUAAUAUGAAUAUAUGUCAAGUAUUAAUAAUCACACCACUCUCAUUUCAACAGGUCCAACCCAUACAUAAAGGCAGUGUAUGAACUGUGCAACCUGGUUAGCAUACGAUUUCGCGUCAUUCCAUAUCACAAUAAUAUCAUCUUUCACAUGAGUCCACAUGGCUACAGAUACAGAAAAGCAUAUACCCAUACAGGUAUAUGUGAAUGCAAUUGUUCAGACUGCUGAAGACCGCUAUUAAUGUAACCUAUUAAUAUCUGGUUUUGUAACCUUACAGCGGACAUCAUAAAACAGAGAAGAGAAUUUUUAAAUAAUAAGAAGGACAGGAUGAUGCCCAGGAGAAGAGAUAUUUAAAAAAGAUAUAGACUUUCUGGAUAUCCUUCUAUGUGCCCUUGUAUGUCAUCACCACUACCUUCUGGUUUCUCUUUUAUCAUCAUUGAUGAAUAAGCCAUAAUAUGUUCUACAAAAGUCAUUUGUCUACAUUGAAUGCAGGGAAUGUAGCUGAGCAGGGCAACUUUGUGUUAUGUUUCCUGCCAUGCCUCAGUGCUUUACAGUUGGACCAAGGCUCUGGGUUUCCCAAAUCUGCAACUCUUACUCUAUAUCUUACCUGGGGAUAUAGCACCUAGCUGCAUAUUUGUAGGGUGUUUCUGAGGACUUAAAUGAUGAACAUGUCAUGAGACUUGAAUGAACUAGGCUAGCAGAUAGACCCACUCAAGCAUUAGGCUCAAAACCCAUAACCAAACAAAAUGCCACCCAUCAUUCUUUAGUUAGUCCACAACACUGAAUAAUUGACCUUCUACAUGAGCUGGGCUCCUGAGUUGCAUGUGGUGCUUGGGUUCCGUUGGCUUCAAGAACAUAAUCCAUGCAUCAGAUCUUCUUACAACUGUUUUUGUUUGGAGCUCUGUCUGCAAACAAUAAAAAAAGAAGGGGAUUAAGAUCUAUUAUUAUUAUUAUUAUUAUUAUUAUUAUUAUUAUUAUUAUCAUCAUUAUUAUU